AUGCAUUUAGACGACCGCCAGACGCUGACUGUCUCCCUCGAAGACCACCUGGUCGAGUCUCUGCAACCUUUGUGUUCUUUUCUUCCCAACGAUUUAUCCGAAGAGCUUAUAGCAUGUUUGGACUCUGCUAAGUCGAAGCGACGAGAACGUGCUGCGCCGACAAUCCCAUACGACUUGCUUUCCUCCAUCUCAAAAUGGUCUCGAACGGAAGGGGGCCGUGCAGCUCUACAGGCCCAUGAUCCUCCCCUAGACGUACAUGCAUACGAUAUGAUUGCGCUGCUCGCUGGCACGCGCACGGCUCCUGACCGCAAGUUCCCCACAUUCGUCCCUGAGAGCGAGGACAGGGAGGAGGAGCGGAAGCGGGCUAUCAAUGACAGGAAGGCUAUAACGACCUUGCUCAACGCCGCACUUAGCGUCGCAGGCGCCGGCUUUGCGGCCUGGUACGCUGCCGGCCAGGUGCGAUGGCGGGACGAAUGGCGCGCUCUACUAGGCCUAGCCGUUGCUGCAAUCGUGGCCAUCGCUGAAGGUGUACUGUAUGUCAUCUGGGACUCCCGAAAGUCUAGCAAGCGCACGAGACGGAGGCUACGCAUCGCGAGUGCCGCCACACGGGAGAAGAAAAAUGAAGAUGAGCCACUCGCCACCGCCGAAGCUCAGAACGAAGACCUUCCCAUGGACAACAGCGUACGCAAGCGUCAACCUUUUGAAGCAGCUCGCUUGGAUACGGACUGCUGAUAUAUUAUGCGUGCUAUGUCGUCCUCUACAAGCGUCUUUGCUGGAUGAUUGGGGCCACUAGAAGCGGUUCCUAUUGUUCACUGGAAACGUUACGCUUUGACCAGUCUUGCCACGCCAUACGCAUGCCAUUCUGCACGAGUGGUCGAUUUUGACUCUGCGCCACGACUACUUUUUAUUAUAACAUCUGCUUAACUAGGAUGCACCGUGCACGAGCUUUGCGAUAUCGCUUUGAUCCGACACUUAGGC